AUGACACUACGGCAACAGCAGUUCCGAUGCCUUUUCACUGCAGUAAUCGUGCAGCUUUGCGCUGCAGUACCAUCGACUGACUUCACGCUGAAAGCAUGCAGCUAUGCGCUUGAAAACUUCUAUAUCGUUAAUUCUACCAACCCAAACAGCAUAUUCCCAAAUGGAUACGUGACAUGUGCAAACGCUACUGGGAGUGAUGCAAUACUUUGUAGUGAUUGCUCUUGUCGAGAGAAGAAAGUUGAGUCUGUUGGUGGAGUGACAAUCGCUUGGAUCGUGUGCCUAAGACUUGAAGACGCUUCAAUAUGUGAGAGUAUUGACACAUCUGCUCGCGAAUUCUGCGGUACUUCUGUCGUUUCGUUCUCACAAGAAAGCUCCGGCUCCAAUGAUAUACUCGACGUAGACGUUGAAUUCGACACCAGCUCUACUAUGGGUAGUAUUAAUGGCAGUGAUGCCUCUGCGGAAUCAUGGAUUGACUUUCCAAAUGCAAGCGUAGAAUUCAACAGUGUGGGGGAUAAUAGUGACGAAAGAGCAGAAACAAGCUUGGGUUUCAAGACAGUGAAUUCAAGUAUCAGUAGCGGUACAAGCACAACGGGGGAGAAUCUGGCAAAAAAUGAUAUAGGUUUGAAAACGAACGGUACCAUAAACGUUGGCAAGAUUUCGAGCUUCAAUAUCUCCAAAUUAGUGUCGAACUCGACAGCGAAUGCGACAGAGACAGCUACUUCAGCGUUGCCAUCUAUGGGAUCAGGGUCUCAGGGUUCAGAUGGAAUUAAUAUUAUCGCAGCAGAUGCCGGCACAGUCCAUUCAAAGCAAACCAACAUCACCACCAUGAUAGAAGAGCAAGCUAUUCAACCUUCAGACAAUGAAACCACACAACAUCUUGAUACCAAUAACGGCUCAUCGUCUAAGUCAGACUGGACUGAUACACGAUUACUGGCAAUACUCACCCUUAUAGGUGGUUUUGCGGCAAUAGCUGUACUUUCAGUUAUCAUUGCUGUACGAAAAAAUCAGGCCAGUGAUGACUUUGAGCUUGGCACACCGACUGAGGACGACAAUUCUAGAUUGGCGAUGCCAGUGACGCAGCGUUUCAAUGAAAAACGGUAUCCGAGGAGAACUAACACUGGACAAAUCGCGGUUGGAAGCUCCACGAUUUCUCCUGUGGUCGUCGUUGGUGCUGACAAAAAUUAUUUGUCAGGGCACCAUCAUCGGUAUUUUUCGGAAGCAGAGGCUUUUUCGAAUGGCUUUGCGCGUUUUGAACACGCUCAAGCCAGCAACGGUGAAGUCCGCUUAGACUUCAGCCACUACAACGCCGUUAGUGCCUCACAACUACAAUUUAAUACCUCGCAUGGUCCUUCGGUACCAAACUUGCUAUCAUCAGCACUCUACCCAAUUUAUGACACAUCUAAUACUCACGUGAGAUUUUCUUCAAGCCUGAGCUCUGAUUGUGCACUGCCAUCAAGUGAGUGUAUGUUCGAGUCGGACGAGAGCUCAGUUGGUUCUUAUCGAUACCUAGAAGAGAAGUUUUUCGAGGAUCGCUCACGCGGAUCAGAGAUCUUAAGAGCUUCGAGAAACUGGAAUUCCGAACAGCAAAUGUCUGACUUAGAAAUCUAUAACUCAACAAAGAGUUUUGCUUCCAGUCUUUCAAGCUAUGAGUAUGCCACGCGUGAUACGGAGGCGAGCGAGCAUAUGCAUCCAUCAGAGUUGGGCACUAGUUCGUGUUGUAUGGCAAUGUCGUUCGACGUGGAGUCCGGGAGUGUCAGCGGUGGUCAUUCUCGUCUUAAAAACUAG